AUGGGCUUCUCUGGAUCCCGCGCCUGGUCAAAAUGGCUGACAAUAUGUCUUGCAAUCACGCAUCCGUUCUCCGUCACUGCGAAAUCAGCGGCAGAUUACUACGUUCACUCUCUUCCGGGUCAGCCGGAGGGCCCGUUACUGAAAAUGCAUGCUGGGCAUAUCGAAAUCUCUCCUGAAACUAGUGGGAAUCUCUUCUUCUGGCAUUUCGAGAAUCGCCACAUAGCGGACAAACCUAGGACCGUCGUCUGGCUUAACGGCGGACCAGGGUGUAGUUCCGAAGAUGGGGCGCUGAUGGAAAUUGGCCCCUACCGACUAAUAGAUAAAGAAACUCUGAAUUAUACGGAGGGGUCCUGGGACGAGUUUGCCAAUUUGCUGUUCGUGGACCAGCCGGUGGGCACGGGUUUUAGCUAUGGCAGCACUGAGCACUACGUUCAUGAGCUGGACGAAAUGGCCUCUCAGUUCGUAACAUUUUUGGAAAAGUGGUUUGAGAUAUUCCCUCACUAUGAACCUGAUGAUCUAUAUUUCGCCGGAGAAUCGUAUGCGGGACAAUAUAUACCGUAUAUAGCCCGUGCGGUUCUCGACCGGAACAAGAAGCAAGACGUGCAGGCAAACAAUCGAAUCUGGAAUCUCAAAGGUCUCCUCAUUGGCAAUGGAUGGAUAUCACCCCAACAUCAAUAUCCCGCUUACCUACCAUACGUUUAUCAGGAAGGAGUCGUCCAAGCAGGUACCCAGGAAGCAAACCUAAUAGAGGCAAAGGCAGCGAAAUGCAUGAAGGAAUUGAACGUCGAGGACACAACUGGGACAGUGCAUAUUCCUGAUUGUGAAGAUAUACUCCAAGCCAUUCUCGACUAUACACAUAAAGGCAAGCGCUGCAUCAACAUGUACGAUAUCCGACUUACAGACGACUAUAGCGCAUGCGGUAUGAAUUGGCCCCCGGAUUUGAGGGAUAUACAGCCAUACCUUCGCAGGAAAGAUGUGGUCAAGGCCUUGCAUAUCAAUGAGGAGAAACAAACCGGCUGGACUGAGUGCGCAGGUGCAGUAGGCAGCAGCUUAAAGGCGCGGAACUCUAAACCGGCGGUGGAAUUGCUUCCUGGCCUUCUCGAAGAAGGUCUCCCAAUCCUCCUUUUCAGCGGCCAAAAAGACCUAAUCUGCAACCAUGUUGGCACCGAGGACAUGAUCAAAAACAUGAAGUGGUCCGGAGGAACCGGGUUCGAGCUUUCCCCCGGCGUCUGGGCACCACGACAAGACUGGACCUUUGAAGGCGAACCGGCAGGUAUCUACCAACAAGCACGAAACUUGACCUACGUCCUAUUCUACAACGCUAGCCACAUGGUCCCAUUUGACUACCCUCGACGGUCCCGGGAUAUGCUUGAUAAAUUCUUAGGCGUUGAUAUCACUCACAUAGGUGGCGACCCAGCCGAUUCGAGAAUUGAUGGCGAGAAGGGUCCCACAACCUCCGUCGGCGCUCAUCCGAACAGCACGGCCGCUGCCGAACGCGAGAAGGAGAAACUCAACACUGCCGCGUGGAAGGCAUAUUACAAAUCGGGCGAAGUGGCACUUGUCAUCGUCGCCAUCGCUGCCUUUGCAUGGGGCAUAUUCAUCUGGCGGUCUCGUCGCAAGCACCAGAGUAGCGGAUACCGUAGCAUCUACCCGAUGCUGGGAUUGAAUAGUACGGGAUCCCUGGGGCAAAUUUCGCAUAAACAUAGUAGAAGAAAUGGGGAUAUUGAGGCUGCGGACUUCGACGAGACGGAGCUGGAUGAUCAGCCUAGUCAGGCCUUUUUGUCGAGAUCGAGUAGAGAUGGAGACGCGUAUGCUGUUGGUGAGGAGGGCAGUGAUGAGGAAGAUGGGGCUUCUGAUGGACAGCAACCUAUGUUUGACCAGUCGCGCGGAGAAGAAGGGCGAAGUUAA